UUUUGCUUUUAGUGCACUAAAAUUUCUAUAUUUCCUCAAAUGUGAGGUUUAAUUUGGUUGACUAUUUUAUAUACAUAAUGGGAAACGCAGGUAGUAAUCCUCCCAAGGAAUGGCAUAAAGAUACUGCAGCUAAACCUACAGGCGCUGGUCCUUCUUCCCCAACCAAAGAAGGCGAGGCUUUUACGUUUGACAAAAAGGUAGACGACGAUCGAAGUGGAAGAGAUGACGAUAAUAACAUUGAGGAUGGGGCUCCUUAUUAUACCAAGGCCGUGCCUGAGAGCAAGGAAGAAUUCGGUGUUAUGCGAGAACGAUCGAACACGUUGACUGAAGGAAGUAAAUCUACGGACGAAUCGAAAGUAUUGCCCACUGUGUUUAGAUGGGAAGGUGGUGGUAAACAGGUUUUCAUUAGUGGAACAUUUACUGACUGGAAGACAAUUCCUAUGGUUAAGAGUCAUGGAGAUUUUGUGACCAUUAUAGACCUCCCAGAAGGCGAACACCAGUACAAGUAUUUUGUGGAUGGAGAGUGGCGUAAUGACCCUACAGUGAAAUUAGUUGACAAUGGCAUGGGAUCCAAGAAUAACUUGGUAAAGGUGAAGUUGUCAGACUUUGAGGUGUUCCAAGCUUUGGCUAAGGAUAGCGAAGGAAUACACAGCAGCGCCCAGACUGAGUAUUCACAGGAAAUUCCACAAGCUAAACCAUGGGAGAAAGUAUCAGGGCCACCGAUAUUGCCCCCUCACCUAUUACAAGUCAUAUUGAACAAAGAUACACCACUUUCAUGUGAACCAACUCUCCUACCAGAACCAAACCACGUCAUGUUGAACCAUCUAUACGCGCUGUCUAUCAAAGAUGGAGUCAUGGUACUAUCCGCGACCCAUAGGUAUCGGAAGAAAUAUGUUACCACCCUUCUGUAUAAGCCAAUAUAGGUCAAGGUGCCAUGGUAGUUAUAAAGGUGAAAGACCCCCAUUGACGGAUCAAUUUUGUUAGCAAUAUAAUCUAAUCCUUCACUGCCAGCGACCCGCUGCGAUG